AUGCGGUCAAUUCUUGCCAUCAUCAUUUUGCGGCUAUUGGCCUGUCCGGUGGUUCGAUGCGAUUUUCCACACUACAUUACGUUCAAAAGUUUUCCGACGGCACUAGCGGAGUGUGCCGAAUACUUCCAGGUGUCCAACUGUUCCCUUCGGAAUUUCAUCGAGCGAGAUUACCCCGAUGAGCCAAUAGUGAAAAAGUUGCUUCAUUGUACGAUGGUUAAUUUGUGUACUUGGGACGACAGCACCGGUGUUCGGGAGUUUGUUUUUCGGAAUUUCUUUCAACCGAAUCCCGAUGACAGUUGUAACGAGAAUCGAACUCGAGAGUGUGUGCAGGGCUCUUUGCGGCAGUUGAACGACGAUUGCUACAAUAGUCGAGCGUACGAAACCUUCAAAUGUUAUUUUCGCCAUUUCGGUGAGCUACUCGAGAGCGAUCAGUUCAUUCCGAACGAGGAGCUCGAACUGCAGCAGUUGGUACAAACUUCACUGAUCAUUGAGAGCCUUCCGAGGUCCGUGCUGGCCCAGUAUUGCAGAGGUGACAUCUGGGAGGAACCACAUUUCCCGGAAGUCCUGCUGAACAUCUUCGUGCGCGGUGGAUACUAUUCACUGGGCAGUGGCAUCCAACUGGAGAACAUUUACACCCAGCUCGGUAAUCCUGAGCUACUCACACCUCAAACGAGCCAGUGCUGUGAAGCCGUUGCAAGUUCACUGUGCGAUCCCAGCCACGCCACGAAGCUCUUCCAGAUAGUGCGCAAAUGUCUACGGGAACUUACACCGACAGAAAAGUACAUCAAAGAAGCUGCUAAGGUCCUGAUCGGUGAGGACGGAUCUGCUGGUAGCUGUGCUGUCAGACCCCCCUCGCCCAGUAGCAGUUGUAACAGUUGUGGUGCCCAGUGGAACGAACAGAUUCAGGUCUACAAUCGAGUUUGA